GGGGCAGCCACCUAGUGGGCCGGAUGACCAGUAGGAAUCAAGUGUUCUCGUGGCGAAAGGUAGUAAAUACACACACGCACACACAAAAAAUGUCAACCAAAGAGUAGUAUACAGUAACUGUAGUGGAUGUGUCUAUGUUUUCAAUGAGAAUUACUUAAAAUAUAAAGUAAGAAUCGCAUAUAAAGAAGAAGUAAUCGUAACAGCUUAGUCUUCAAUCACAUUAUAAGCAUUUGACUAGUUUGUCAGUUGACAUUUAUUUGGUCUGAACAUUAUUAUCUAUUUAUGACAAAUAUCCAUCCAUCCAUUUUCUUAGCUGCUUAUCCUCACAAGGGUCACGGGAGUGCUGGAGCCUAUCCAAGCUGUCAACGGGCAGGAGGCGGGGUACACCCUAAACUGGUUGCCAGCCAAUCGCAAGGCACAUGGAGACAAACAGCCACACACACAAUCACACCUAGGGGCAAUUUAGAGUGUCCGAUUAAUGUUGAGAUGUGGGAGGAAACCAGAGUGCCUGGAGAAAACUCAUGCACGCACGAGGAGAACGUGGAAAAUCCACACUUUUUUUUUCUGCUGAAAUUUAAUUGAAUUCCUGCAGUCAUUUCAGUGGGUCGUGUGGGCUUGUGCGCUUGGUAGAAGAAAAAAAAAUAGCUCCAUCUGAUGGCUGUAACUUAAUAAUGAUAAGUGUUCAUGGUAGCCCUGCCCGUCCCCUGUCAUGGACCUUGGUACUGGCCCCACUGUAAUUACAACUUGGUCAAAUUUAAGUGCAGUUCAGAACCUGAAAAAGUAUACUGCAAAUCCUAGAAAUAUAGUCAAUAUAUAUAAAAUAUACUACAUAAUGUAAUCAAAGGUAAAAGAUCACCAUGCCCCCUGUUCUGUAAUCGAAACCUUGAACUGACUGGAGCUUACUGGUGAAGAAUAAACAUGAAACUCUGUAUUUGUUCUCAGUAUUGUGUUCAAAAUAAAUAUUUGGUUUCAAUUGCAGCUUAAGGUUACAAAGACCUUUAAAAAGUUUGCGUGACCUAAUUGUCAAGCUGCCCUUUCAUCCCAGAAGAUACAACAAUUUGGAUUACUGGCCUUGUGAAGCAGCCAAUAGAAAACCUGAGCUUUUCACUGACUUUAAAGAGAAAAGAGGCCUGGAUUGGUGGUUAUUUUUUAACAGGAGAGGUGGCGCUUUAAAAAGAUCAAAUAUAAAAAGGUGGCAGACAUACAGUAUAUGGCGCACUUGGGGACUCUCCUGAUCCGACUUCUUCAAAGACAUGAUCAAACGCUGCAGUGCCACCUUAUUCUUGGCACUAGUACUGCUAUGGUGCUUCACUGGGACAAAGGUUGAAGCUUGGAAGCCACUUUCCGGACAGGAUCUACCAGAUCCGCCCUACCAUCACCCUUUUGACCCACUACGACCGCCUAAUCAAAAUCCCUUACCGAAACCUUCAACCCCCAAGCCCCCCACGGGCCCGUCUCUGCCAAAGCCGAACAAUCCUUCACACCCCGGACCACCUUAUACCCCUGACCAUGUCUUUCCACCUUACAUACCUGUCGGAUCAAAUUUCCAGUUUCAAAACCCCCCUAAUCCACAUGUCUCACCGCCGUGGCCAUUUCUCCCAUCUCCUCAAACGCAAAAUCCACCACCGCUACAAAAGCCACCAUCUGGAAACCAACAGAACCCACUUGCGACAGGACCAUACUUUGUCCUGAAACCACCCUAUAACUCUCUGUCACAUAAUCCAAAAUACUCACAGCUGCCGCCAUGGAAGUAUGCUUUAUUAUCACAACUACCUGUGGACUCUCCUUCAGAGAAGCCUCCAGACCUCGUAGUACACCCUCCUUUUUAUGGUCCUUAUCUCCCUUCACCAUACAAGCCAACGGUUCCUGUUUCUCCAGAUCCAGACUCAAAGCCACCAAACUCCAAACCACCAAAGGAUCAGCAAAGAGUACCGUUUCUUUACUAUGAUCUCCUACCACCUUUGCAAAAUCCAUUACUGCCGGGAACACCCGUAGUCCCAGUUCCUCAGGAACCCACUGAUGUGAAGCCAUUCAACCAAAAGGAGAUGGACCAGCUACAAAAAACUCCUUCAUUUCCCGGACCACCUGUCGGGCCAGUUUAUCAGAUGCCAAGUUAUCCUUCAUUCUCUCCAAAACCUGUGGAUCAACAACAUCAAAAUCCGUCACUGCCUCGACGCCCACCGAAGAAUCAACAACCCGGGGGACUCAUCCAACAAUUGAAUAAUCCUUCAUUGGUCGGACCACCUUGGUUCUCAGGUUUAAGACAAAAACCUGUGGACCAAUCAGACCAAAAGCCAGUCCAACAACAACAAAUAGGAACCGUUAAUUCUGGAUCCAAUAAUCCUUCAUUCCCUCAACUGCCCCUGGGCCCUCCUUAUUUUGCUACAAAAGGGAAAAAGCCAUUACCUCGAGGAUUUUCACUUGAUUAUUCUUCCCAGGAACCUCAGUCAAACCAUCCUGGAAAACACACACCAGUCCAAUCCACGCCGGUUGCGAAAGACCCCAAUUUACAAACUUGUGACGUGUUACCGGUCCAAAGAAUCCCCUGUGGAGGUUCUGAUAUUUCUGCCGCUGCAUGUGAAGCCAUCAGCUGUUGCUACGAUGGACAACAAUGCUACUUUGGGAAAAGCGGUGUGUAUUUUUUUUUUCACUUCUUUUAUCUAUUUUGAUAUUGUACACCCUUCUGGCGCCACAGUGAGCAACUCGUGAACACGAUGAACUUUACCGUUUCUCAUUCAAAACAUCUCGGCUGAAUUUUUGUCUC